GGAUAGUGGAGGAUGUAAACCAAUGUUAUUAAAAGCUGUAGUGCAGACAAUCAAUGCCAGAGAUGAUUCGUUGACUACAGGAAAGUCGAUGUUUCGGUCCUGCAGGAAUGAUAAGCGUUGUAUUGUCAUUGCUGAAGGGUAUUACGAAUGGCUGACACCGAAGUCUGGAGGCAAGAAGAUUCCGCACUAUGUUAGAAGAGAAGAUGGAAAUUUGAUGUUUUUUGCGGCUCUUUACGAUCAUGUAAAAUUGGACGGAGGCAAAGAUAGUAUAUACAGCUGUACAAUUGUGACAACCUCAUGCUCAAAGCAACUCUCAUUUUUGCAUGAUCGAAUGCCGGUCAUAUUUGACAGCAGUUCAAAGGAAGUAGACACUUGGCUAGAUAAUACCAAACCAUGGGACAACGCCACCCUGGGGACAUUGCUGAAGCCCUAUGAGAAAAAGCUCGCGUGCUACCCAGUCACGCCCGAAGUUGGUAGGGUUGGCAAGAACUCGCCUGACUUCGUCAUACCCAUUAGCGAGAAGAAAGGCACCCUAGGAAGCUUUUUUGCUAAAGCAAACUCAGAUCAAAGUUCAAAACGCGCUGAGGCUACAAGUGAUAAUGUCAACGUCAAGACAGAAGAUGUAAAUGUGAACCUUCAUGAACAAAAACCUUUAAAACCUGACGACACGAACCACAAAAUAGACAAUAUGGAUGAAGAAGGACAUAAUGCAAAGCAAGAAGAUGAUGAUAUUCAAAGAGCGAUAGCGCUUAGUCUACAGGAUCAGAAAGAUCAUUAUGAAGCAAACUCAAAUUCGAGCAUUCACGGUGAGGACAACAGAGGUACUAAAAGGGAAGUGGAAGAAAGUCUAUCACCGCCGCGAGCGAAGUUUCGAAGAUCCGAUCCAGCUAAGCAAAUGAAAUCCCCUUCGAAAAGUCCAGCAAAAGGAGGUGGUGAUAAAGGCAACAGUAACAAAAAAAUCACAAGUUUCUUUUCGAAAGACUGAUGGCGGUAUAAAUAUGUCGUAUUAUUGAAAUACGGCGAUCGUGAAGCUACCUUCAUUACGGAUGAUAAUCUUGCUGUAGAGAUUAUUUGUUUUCUCUUGUAAAUAACAUUUUCAAUGGCAAAAAAUCAGACUUUCAUGACCACGUA